AUGCACCUGAAUCCGUGCCCGAGAUAUCAGAAUCCUCUGCAGCGCUUUCAAGGCGUCUCAAGAGUCGCCUUCUCGCCCUCCUAUUCCCCUCCCACAGGUGUCAUCGCACCUGAAUCCGUGCCCGAGAUAUCAGAAUCCUCUGCAGCGGCUGAGGCUGCCACUGGGACAAGCGAGGGGGAGGGCGGAGGUAGGGGGGAGGAGCAGCAGGGGGCGGAUGCAGCAGGGGAGGGUGGCGGCGGCGGUGGUGGUGAGGGGAGCAAGGAGCGGUCCCGGGUGGAUGGGCGGGUGGUUGAUAGGGGUGAGGAGAAGGGGGAGGAGGGGAGCGAGAGGGGAAUGGAGGAGGAGGGUGAGGGGAAAGCGGCGGAUGGGGAGGGGGAGAAUGAAGGGGAGGAUGGGAGAUUCGUUGCUGCUGCGUCGUCCAGGGAUAGCCUCGGCUCGUAUGACGACUCUAUUGUGGAGGUGGCUGCGGACAGGGAGAAGGACCUGAGUCAGCAGGUGGGGGAGCUGGACUCGCGGAUCAUCUUUCUGCAAAACGAACUCGCUGCUCUUAGGAAUCAGAAUGCCCAGCUGGAGAGGCAGCUGAAUGCGUUUUACAACGAGGAGGAGGAGGAAGCCGACGAGGGCGACAACAUGAGUGACGAUGACAACUCGCGCAAUGGAGACGACGACGACGACGAUGACGAUGACGACCCGCACAUGGAUGCCUGA